GCUCGCGGCGCCCCCGCUCGGGCGCGCUCGGCUCCGCUCGGCUAUUUCCGCCUCUUUGUUGUACUAACUCCCGACCGGAAUAAUUUCUCCCCCUUCCCUUCACCUUCUUCGGGGUCUUGAAGGAUGGUUAUUUAUUUAUUUCGGGACAGGAAGAAUUAAAGGAAAAAAGGGGGGAAUACAUCUCCCCUUCCGGAAUUGCCCCCUCCCUCCGAGUGUGAGGGGGAAGCGGGCUCUCCCUCUCUCCCUCUCAGUCACCCACCCACCCGCGUGGCCGGCGCCGUCCUCGCUGCUGCUUCUGCUUCCUCCUCCUCCUCCUCUCCCAGCCAGGUUUCUGGAUGGCAGACUCUGAAAAGAAAUGCAGUUUUAAGAGACACCAAAGAUGCUGACAAGGAAGAUUAAGCUUUGGGACAUCAAUGCCCAUAUAACCUGCCGUCUUUGCAAUGGUUAUCUUAUUGACGCUACCACUGUAACGGAAUGCUUACAUACCUUCUGCAGGAGUUGCUUGGUAAAAUAUUUGGAGGAAAAUAAUACCUGUCCCACGUGCAGGAUAGUUAUACACCAGAGCCAUCCACUACAAUAUAUUGGUCAUGACAGAACAAUGCAAGAUAUUGUUUACAAACUUGUUCCAGAUCUCCAAGCUGCGGAAAUGAAAAAGCAGAGGGAUUUUUACCACAAACUGGGCAUGGAAGUGCCGGGUGACAUCAAAGGGGAGAUGUGCUCAGCCAAGCAACAUUUAGAAGCCCAUCGGAAUGGGGAAACAAAAGCAGACGAGAAUACAAACAAGGAAACGUCAGAAGAGAAACAGGAAGAAGAUAAUGAUUAUCACAGAAGUGAUGAACAGGUAAGCAUCUGCUUGGAAUGCAACAGCAGCAAAUUACGUGGACUAAAGAGAAAAUGGAUUCGCUGCUCUGCACAAGCUACAGUCUUGCAUCUAAAGAAGUUCAUUGCCAAAAAACUUAAUCUUUCUUCAUUUAAUGAGCUGGAUAUAUUAUGCAAUGAAGAAAUUCUGGGCAAGGACCACACUCUCAAAUUUGUAGUUGUUACAAGAUGGAGAUUUAAGAAAGCACCUCUACUGUUACAUUACAGACCCAAAAUGGACUUGCUGUAAGAACUGUUUUGUCCUUCUGGACAGUUUUUUGCAGAGACUAUCAUUGGGCACCUUCUUAGUGCAUCACACAGUUCACCCAAGACACAGACCAGCAGAAUCCAUUCCUGAAAAAAGCUGUGCUCGCCCGGUCAGCCAUCUUGAAUCUUUCUCUGAGGGAUGCGUUAACCUAACUUUCUGGAUAGAAAAAUAUUUAUACUUUUUUUCUACCAAAAAACAAAAAUGGAAAUUGUAAUUUGAGAGGACGCUACCAGCAUGAAGUUUACAGACACUGAAAACGCUUCAUGGCUUCUCAUGUGAACCUUAGUUCAUGGUCAUCAUCUUGCAAAGAUAUAAAAUAGACUUAAGAUGUGAAGAAGAUUGUUUAAGAUUAAGAUAUUGUUUAAGAUUGUUUGUCACCAAACAACGGUUAGAUUGCUUCACAACUUAGAUGUGGCAUAUUUUUGCAAGGUUUUCUGUUUGUUAUACCUCAUAGCCUUCUUGUCUGUUAGUUAGCCCUCUGUAGAAUAUUUACAUUGACAAAGAUCUAAUAGUUGGCAGUGAUUUUGCUGCAUGACGCUAUUCUGGAUUAUGCUCUUGUAUUCUUCUGCAGGUUCAUCUGACUGAGGUUAUUGGAAGAGUUUUAUCUCAUUCUGUUCUGUUGCAGUUUUUAUCAGCUCACAUAAAAGUGCUGAGCAUUAAGAAGGAACCUUCAUUUAGGAUAUAUGUGGCUUACAGAGCUGAGGGAGCUAUUAGAUUGGGGAAUUUGCCUUUCAGUAAAUGAAAUAUGUUGGAGGCAGCCUUAAUCACCUAAAUUCCAGUAGUGUUCCUUUGAAAAACACACUAUGCUAAUGCUGCACCACACUUUCUGUGAUGUGCAUUAACAGGUUGACCUUUCUGCUGUUUUCUAGGUUUCCCUGAAUUAUACUUUUAUGUUUGCCUGAUUAUUUAUUUAGGAUCUGAAUUCUCAGCCUUAUCUCCAAUAGAAAAGCGGUAUUAAUAAUAAUAAAAAUCCAGCUUUCUAGGGACACAUGGUCAAGCCUGAGCUUUUUAAGUGGUCAUCCAACAGAGGACUAAAUAACUUUAAAAGAUAAAUGCUGUUUUACUUUAAGCAAUUUGAGAUUUUUAAAAAAGGGAUUGCUUCUUCAAAAGUUCUACAACACCCCCUUUCCUUUAUUUAAUCCAUUAUUUGGUCCAGCAUGAACUACAGCCAAGAAUGUGCAUAGGCCCACUCACUGCUGCAUGUACCCUUACAUACACCUGUGUUUUAUUUUUCCCUUAUACAAGGGUUUCUCUUCUUAGUCCUUUUUUCCAUUGCAUCUCCAGGAGUAAAAAAUCAUUAUCAACCUUUUCCAAAGUGUCACCACCCUUUAAGCUUGCUUUUCUGGCUCCUCCUGUCAGCACAUGUGUCCGCUGGUAGCAUUUGUGUCCAAGGUGAGUUCUGUGACUUCUUUAUGCUUAAUUCCAUACAGGCAAACGUAAAUAAGUGAAAAUUGAGGAAGUCAAAAGGAGGGCCAAAUAGCAGCAAGUUCAAAAUGUUGGGAUGAACAUUCAAGGGGGAAACACAGACAUAGGGUGCUCUGGACUGUCCUGGUGAAAUUAAUGGAACUUGGAAAUAGUACAUUAAAUGCCUCGGGUGUUUACCCAUCUUUUAUGGGACAGUGAUUUCUCAAUGAAUGUGAUUAGUGCAAUUGCACUGUUGUGAUCCCAUUCAUUUCAGCACGGUAUGUGCUGGACAGUGUUCCACUAGAAAGUGCCCUUAAAAUAUUUCUAGCUCUUACAUCAUCUUUUUAUAAUAAAUGGUGGUUUAUGUCAGGAGAAAGUAAUGUUCAAAAAGUAUCUUUAAAAAAAAGUUUAAUGAAAAACUGCAGCGUCAUAGAAUUUGGAGCUCUCUACGGAACACAUUUAGUCGCAGAGUCUUAAAUGUAAGGAUUGCUUCUGCCCCAGUUCACCGGCCGCGUGGUGCUAUGUGCAAACAUCCUGGCUAACACGUCUUAGUGAGCCUUAAACUUGGUGACCCUGUCUAAUACUCCCUUGGUUCAGUUAAGCAUUUGGAGUGCUUAAUGCCCAUAUCCAACUAUCCAUUCUACCUCAGACUAGAUACACAGAUGAACUGUACGAUCAAUGCCAUCUUGAAAUACUGAAUACAGACAGCAUCCUGUGUACCUUGGGCUGAGGGAUUAAAUAGUAUCAUGAUGCAGACUACAACCCCGCAACUCUUGACUGCAACAGUCUACAGAAUCUGUAUUGCUAAGUUUCUAGCAAAUUUUUGAAUCACUUGAAUUUGAUACGGUGCUAUAUAAAUAUAUUUAAAUAUAUAUCUAGUCAGGUGCAUUGAAACCAAAGCCAGCACUUGACACCCAUGCUGGCUUUGUUGCUCUUAAAUGAGUAUUUAUCUCUGCUUUUAUAACAACCUGAUGAAAACAUCCUUGACAGAAAAUACUUGGUUUUUCUUUCUUUCUUUUUCAAAACAGCUUCUCAGAAUACUUCUUUUUCUAUGGAAACUGUGUCCCUUGAGGUGUGUUUGUUUCAAAGACCUAGCUGGCUUGUCUUAUCAGGAAAAAAAAAACCUACAGUGAAUACCAACAGAGCAGAUCCUUGUGAUAGAAAUUGUCUCUCUUCUGUGAAGUUUUUAAGGGACAGGUUUCACAAUGGUUAUGUUGGCAAAGCAUUCUGUUGAUCUUUCUGGCUUAAGGUCUUCAAAUCGUAUUCCACUCAAGUGGCUUGGGCCUCCUCCGGUCGCCACUGAGUUUGUGUUGGUUGAUUAAAAUGAUAUAUAAAAUAACUGUGAAGUCAUUUUUUAAAUUUUUUUAUUUCUUGGUUUCUUUUUCUUUUGGACUGCUUACCGCUGGUAAAUAAAUGCAGUAAAAUUGUCUUGUUGCAUUAUCCUCAGCAACAAAGAGGUGAGCAUAACAACACAGGUUUAUGGUCUCGCUUGAUAUAAUUUUCUUUUAAAAUAGAGAAAUCAGAAUAUAUAAUAUUGAAUUUUAAAUAAGGUUGGGGGGUUGAAAGUUAACUUUAUAAAAUUAUUUAUUCUAUUUUAAGCCUUCUAUCAUACUUUUUACCAUCUAAGUAUUUUUUGUUUCUAUGGUCCAGCUUUAUUUAUGGGCAUAUAAAAUGAAAUUGUGAGAUGUUUUUUACAAGCUUCUUUUUUUUUUUUUUGGGUGAAGGCCAAAUCAGAUGUUGCACUACAUGAGUGGCUGUUACUAAAAGUCAUGUGUCUAGCUCUCUGCCCCACACUGUAAAUUAUCUCUGGUUUGAUGUCCUGACAUUUUGCAUCUCUUUAUCCUCUUCCUGUGGCAAACGCUGUUGAGGAACAGAAAUAUUGAGGAUGAUAUAACCUGAGACCUGGGUAAGAUAUACUAGAGUAAAGGUGAACAUGCAGCCAUUUUUGCAUUUGGUGGCAACUACUUAUAUAGGGCAACAUUUAGUUUGGCCUUGAUCGAUUUUUUUGGUAUGUUUUUAUUUUGUAUGGAUAAAGAGCAUUACUUUAUGCUUUUUGUGCAAUAGGUUUGAAACAUGCUUUUGUUAGGCAUACAUUUUAAAUGGUAAAUGUAGCAUCUACUAACCACAUUUCCCCCUUCCCACCUUCCUGGUUUUUUAAAAUGUUAUUUUAAAGAAUGACAUUUGGGAGUUCUGUCUGUGUGCAAGGAUUACCUGUCAGCAAUAUUUUAAAGAUGGUUUGGCAAGAACUCUUAAAUGUGAAAUGUAAUUGGCAAGGCUUGCAGCCUAUCAGAAAUGUAUGUGUGUGCCAUUGGUAUGUCUGGUAUUUCUCUCUCUUUGUAUACCAUUAAACCUGGAAAUAUUUAUUUCUUAGUGGUUGUGCAAUGCUCCAGAUGCAAACAUUUAACCUCCGGGGGAAGAAAAAUACAAAUAGUUUAAAAAAUAUCAGACUACAAACUAUGAUGGUGCUAAUUUUUGUUUCUUCUACACUAUUUGGGCCUUUGAAACCCUACCCGGCUCUUACUGUUUUCAUAACAAUCUAAUCAGUCUUGGGAGAUUCACACUCCUGUUUCUUUUCCAAUGGAUGACAAAUCUAUUUGCAAACUUAGCCUAUUUGCAGUUAUUUGAAACUGAGCUGUAUGUUUAAAUGCAACAGGAGAAAGCCAACCCGUUUGUACAUCUAGACUAUGACUCUUUGAUAACUUUAUACUUUAACCAGUAGGUAAGAAAUGCAUUUCCUGCAAACGGUUAAAACUGUAUUUGACAGAAAAACCGUGUUUCUGUAUUUCCUCAGGUAAUUGCUCUGGUUUUAAACACUUCACACGAUACCUUAACUUCUCAUAUAUUUGUGUGUAUGUGUGUGACCUCAGAUUUAAAAUGUGAAAAGAUGGGGCACACUAGCAGACCAUUGCAUGUCAGAAUUGCAAGUGGAUAUAUUCACCUUGUAGUCAAAAUGUGCACAGGGAACACAACAUUUUUCUUAAAAUACACACAGUUGGCUUGGAACCACACUUUCCUAUGGUAGUGGAAAGUGACGGCAGAAUACACAUUCUCCAGGAAUUUGUUUCUAACCCUAAAAUUGGCAGAUGUCAUUCGAGCUUGAGGUUCUUUCAUCUUUGCUAAGCGGAAGCUGAAUAUGGCUUAGAAAGGCUGUAUCUACACAAUUGGCAGCAGACCUGGCUCUGAAGGAUAGCAUUUUGCAUUGGAAGACGUGACUUCACAAUCGCCUCCCUCCUUACUCUGUUUUGAAUGGGGAUGGGAGACUGCAAAGAAAAUAUGGUAGGAGAAAUAUUAAGGGCUCUCUGUCUUGCCCGCCUCUCUUUUACCCUUUAUCCCAGUGUUUAGAUGUUCUUCACUGAAUAACUGGGUUCCCAGAUCAGGGUUUGGUAGAUGCCUUGGUCUGUUGCUGACUGUGUAAUGUGGCCAAAUGCAUCUGUCUAGAUUUCUGUUGAUAUCCAUGAACACUGAACCUAUCAAAGAUGCAUAUGCAGCCUCAUUAUGCUUUACACAAACAAGCCUAUUAAUUGCACGAGGUAAAUCAAGCAAGAUGCACUGGGUAUGGGUUGCUGCAGAAAAGUCCUGUUUCAAAUUAUAACAGCCAAAUGACAGGACAAAGGUCAGGAAUACAAUUCAUUUGCAACAGAUACAUUUAGGGUUAUGGAACAAUAAGCCAGUGCAGCUGUUUAAGCCUUUAUCCUCACUGUAUGGCAUAAUAACAUUACUGAACAUUCUUGCCAUAUUAAAAAAAAAUCAUGUUUUUGGCUUGGUUUCAUUUGAAAGUUUACAUUAAAAGUUUUUUUUUAAUGCUUUGUGUUGCUGUGUAACUUUUGUACUUUUGGUGGCAAGUUUUUGUCUGAAUAAGCCUUUGGGGGGUUAUUGCUUAAUGUUUUGAUUUUAUGAUAGUGAAGCUUGUAUUCAGUGUUCUGCCAAUUAAUAUUAUAUGCUUGUAAUAAAAGCCAAAAAAACCC